GGGAAGAUGAAACUGUGAUUGGAGUUGUUACGAUAGGGGCUUUUAAGGGAGAAGGAGAAAGGCAUGUGCAUGAUAUCGAGGAGGAGGUAAGGUUUGGUCCAGUACUCCAGUUUGAAGAAACAGAGACUCGUUGAGAUGUAUGAGGAUAGCGAUAAUGCGAGCAAGGACGAGUUUGAGGCUCUGCUCUCGGAAAUUGGUGAAGUUUCACUGCAUUUUAUCAUAGAUUGAAAUGGAUCCAUGAGUACCAUAUAUAGGAGACAUCCAGCUGCAUGCACUAGUUGUUGAUGCCAAUGAGGAACAUGAAGCACUGCUCAAACAGGAGCCUCAAGUGGAGAGAUGAAUGAUUCAUUUGCCUUCAGUGAGAUUGGAACUUAUCACUUGCCUUCAGACGAUUGAUAGCAACAACUAUCCUGAGACUUUGAAUCGUAUGUUUAUCACCAAUGCUGGUUCUGGUUUUAGAAUGUUGUGGAGCACUGUGAAGUCCUUCCUUGAUCCCAAGACCACUGAAAAGAUUAAUCUUGGAGACAACACUAAGGAAUUUUUCCUGCUUGACCAUUGGAGAUGGUAUUAUGGUAGCAUACAACAACAAGAAGUAUUAUAUAGAUAUCAUUGAAUCAAAGCCUUCUAAUGCAAUAAGUAUAAUUGAGAGAGACUGUGAGGUGGACUUUGCACCUCCUCUUGAUUAUAAGGAACCUGAAAGGCUUGUGGCACCUGUUCCUCUUAACAAGGCAACAGCUCAAGUUGAAGAGGACCCUGCUGCGACUGAACCAAAAUUCUGUUUUAGAAUAUGAGAUUCAAAGAAGAAUGUAAAGAGAAUUGGUGCAUCUUUCAUUGAUAAUAGGAGCCCUACUUAUCCCAUGUACUCUUCACUUCCUUCUCUUCCUACCUCCCUUGCAAUUCAUGAUAAGGGUGUGUUGUCGCCAGUGGAUCUGCUUCUAGAUGAUGACAUUUAUGAGUCGGAGGGGAGGAUGUUAUGUUGGUUGCUCGCUUCAAGAACCCUAAAGUUAUUGACUAGCAGCUACAUGGAGUUCCUUACCAUCUUUGAUACUUUGACGACAAAGCGGACAACGGGUAGACAUAGCCAAAUUCUCAUAUAAGCAUUUGUGGUGAAACGGUAACAUUGGGAUAUAAAAUCCAUAUCCAAGGCCUUUUACGAUCCUGUAAUCGAGCGAGGGUUCAACAAUGGAAAUGGUACCAAGCGCAAUGGUGCGGACAAGAAAAAUGACUAGUAUCAUGAGUAUACUCACGGUGAUAUCUAUGGCGGGGGCGAAUCCAGGUCUGGCGACUCUGAUUUUCUCUUCAAGUACACCAAUUAUGACACAGAGGACUAUGACGGUGGGAAUCAAUAAAAUCAGUGCAGAAACCAUGGUACUUAUGAUACAGAGUUGCUUAGUAGAUAGCUUUCGAGUUUCAAAUAAGUUAUAUGGACUAGCCUUGUUUCCUUUAUAUAGAGGAGCAAUCCCACUGAGGUAAGGAAAAGAAAAAACUGGUGACCAACAAAAUGGUAUGUUUUCUUUCUUAAUUAUAUUUAAGGACACAAAUUCUAAUCCUUUGAAGAAAUGGAAUCCAAUUCCACUAUAGACCCAACAUUACUGGCAAACUGAUCAGGGUCACUCUAGGUCGGUUUGUAAGUCAGAAUAAGGGUAUUAACGUAAUUUCAUAAAAAAGUAAAACAGACAAAUAGAAUGAAAAAGGGAUUAGAAAUUGCAAAGGAAAUAGAAUAGAAUAGAAUACCCCUCCAAAACCUCUGCUUUCUCUCUCUCAGUCUCCGCUCUUAUUACCCCGAAAUUUCAAACUUGUGCUUGAUUUUUUUCUGAGAGCCAUCGGUGCAGGUUGUCUGUCUGGGUUACAGAUUCGUCGAAAGGUCCGAUUUUUGUUUGAUUUCUGGGUUACGACGACUCAUUGGGUUUCAAUUUCUGUUUUAUUGGUUUCGUGAAAGCAGUAAGAUUGGUUCCAAUUCGUUUUCUGAAUUGGUUUUGGUUAGUGGGUGCUUAGGCAUUGUAGCGUGAGUGGGUUGGGGGUUUCUUAGGUUGAGUUGGUUCAUGAUGUCAUUCAUCAAUGGUUUUGCUCUAGCUUGACGAGAGAGAGAGAGAGAGAGAGAUACCCAGAUACGACAAGGAUGAACGCUUCAAUAAUCGACCCACUGCAAGGAGAUUUCCCAGAAGUGAUAGAGGAGUAUUUGGAACAUGGGGUUAUGAAAUGCAUUGCCUUCAAUCGCCGUGGUACUCUUCUUGCUGCUGGGUGCUCUGAUGGUAAUUGCAUAAUAUGGGAUUUUGAGACCAGGGGCAUUGCUAAGGAGCUCCGUGAUAAAGACUGUGUUGCUGCCAUAACUAGUGUAUGUUGGUCAAAGUAUGGUCAUCGCGUUCUUGUGUCUGCAGCUGACAAAUCGUUGACACUAUGGGAUGUUGUCAGUGGUGAGAAGAUAACAAGAACGAUACUGCAACAAACCCCUCUACAAGCUCGGUUACAUCCUGGUUCCUCUACUCCAUCUCUCUGCCUGGCGUGCCCUCUCUCAUCUGCUCCCAUGAUUGUUGACUUGAAUACAGGAAGUGCAACUAUGCUUCCGGUUUCCAUUCCGGACUCUAACCCAGUACUUGCCCCUCCAUCUCGGAAUAAAAUCUCUGAUGGAACUCCCCCCUUUUCUCCUACUGCUGCUUGCUUUAAUAAGUAUGGGGAUCUGGUUUAUGCAGGGAACUCCAAAGGAGAAAUACUUCUAAUAGAUUAUAAAAGUGUCCAAGUGCUUGCCAUGGUUCCUACUUCUGGAGGUUCCGUGAUUAAGAAUAUAGUAUUCAGCAGGAAUGGUCAGUAUCUGCUUACAAAUUCAAAUGAUAGAACAAUAAGGAUUUACGAGAACCUUCUGCCCUUGAAAGAUGGACUCAAAGCCCUAAAUGGCUUAACUGCUCUUGAUGGACUAGAUGAUGCUGAGAAGUUGAAAGUUGUUGGAUCAAAAUGCUUAACACUAUUCCGUGAGUUUCAAGAUACCAUCACAAAGAUGCAUUGGAAAGCACCUUGUUUCAGUGGUGAUGGUGAGUGGGUAAUUGGUGGUUCUGCAAGCAAAGGAGAACACAAGAUUUACAUAUGGGACAGGGCUGGGCAUCUUGUGAAAAUUCUUGAAGGGCCAAAGGAAGCCUUGAUCGAUUUAGUGUGGCAUCCUGUUCAUCCCAUUGUUGUCUCUGUUUCCUUGACGGGCUUGGUUUAUAUUUGGGCUAAAGAUUACACUGAGAACUGGAGUGCAUUUGCUCCUGAUUUUAAGGAGCUCGAGGAAAAUGAGGAGUACAUAGAACGAGAAGAUGAAUUUGAUCUGAUACCUGAAACUGAAAAGGCCAAAGAAUCUAAUGUUAAUGAAGAUGAUGAAGUUGAUAUCGUGACAGUGGACAAGGAUUCAGCUUUCAGUGAUUCAGAUAUGUCACAGGAAGAGCUAUGCUUCUUGCCAGCAAUUCCUUUGCCUGAUGCUCCGGAGCAACAAGACAAGUGCUUAGAAAGUUCAUCAAAGUUGGUGGAAAGUAAUAAUUCUGGAUCCCCUCUUUCAGAAGAGGGCAGACCAAAUGGACGUGCAAUGAAUCAUGCAUCAAGUCCGCUUGAAGAGGACCCUGGAGCAACACGCUUGAAAAGAAAACGGAAGCCUUCCGAAAAGUGGUUGGACUUGCAGCUUUAGAAAUGUCAGCUAAUCCUUGAAAUGUUCUUGUAGGUCAUAAUCAUUUAUAAUGGUAUGUAGUUAUGCGGAUGAUGCUAGUAAAAGAUGAUAGUAGUUGUUCUGUUUUUCUAUUCCCGGCUAUGUAACUUUUUGGAUAGUUUAUGAGAAUAUGCAUUUCAUUUUUUCGAA